CAGAGGGGUGGUUCAACGGCAGCUGUGACUGAGGAAACGAAAACCAGAACAGACAAGCAAGUCAUUUGACAAGCUCUCGCACAAAUUCCAAUUCUCAACAAUUACAUUUCAAGGCUUGGCUGUAAAGCAACACCACUGUUUAUCUGCAGGUAUGGAGUCCGGUGCAUAUGGGGCCUCGCUGGCAGGAGGUUCCUUCGACUUAUUGGGUUUUGUUAAACAACCUCAAACUGUUGUCCGCCUGUUGAGUUGGCUCUGCGCCAUCGUGGUGUUUGCCACUAUCACAGCAGAGGGCUAUGUGAAUACAGAUAAGGACCCGCAGGAAAAGUGCAUGUUCAAUACGAAUGACAGCGCCUGCAGCUACGCAGUGGGUAUUGGUGUGCUGGCCUUUCUCGCAUGUGUGGCCUUCCUAGUGCUGGACGUUUAUUUACAUCAGACGAGCAAUGCCAAGGAGAGGAAGAUGAUUGUCAUGGCCGAUCUAAUCUUCUCUGGUGCGUGGACGUUCUUGUGGUUUGUGUGUUUCUGUCUGUUGGCCAAUCAGUGGUCUCACACAAUAGAAACAGACCAUUUUCCUGCUGAUGCGGCCCGAGCUGCCAUCGCCUUCUCCUUCUUCUCCAUUGCUUGCUGGGCUGUGUUGGCCUACUUCUCACUGCUGCGCUACCAGCAGGGCGUGACCGAGCUGUCCUCCAGCUACACUGACCCUGCGCAAGACCACAGCACCCCUUACCCGCCUCAGGGCUACCAGCAGUCGCCCUUCGGCCAAAAUCAGAUGCCGGGAGGAACAGAGUACACCCCGCCAAAUUACUGAGUGGAAAGCCGGCUGGUCACGUGACUUGGCGGCGGGCAGGGAGUGGUCUCAAAUGAAGAGCAGCUGAGCGACGGCGACUGAUGGUCGCACUCCACUGCUGGUGCCUCUUUCUUGCACUGCUUCAAGCCCCGGCUGAAACGCUGCACAGUGUGUGUGUGUUCGUGUGUGUGUGUGAGAGAGAGAUUGGGUGUGCUUAUACGCCGGUGUGCUCACUUUCUUCCAAGGGUAAAUGUGUGCUUUGUUUUCCUUCAUCGCCUUUAUUUAUACACUUGUACGCCCUGAAAACGGCAAGCCACCAGUGUCUGCAUGUGUUGUGAGAGAAGGCGAACGGUUUGUGCUGCUUUUUCAGUUGGGCGUUAGUAGACAACAGAGUGUGGGGUGUGGACACUACUACUGACAAGCCAAAUUUGCCUCUUAGCUCACUGCCACCUUUGAUUGCAAGGUAAUCAGAUUUGAUAUAAAGAAUAACAAGAUUUAAUUAACUCUUAUGAUUAAAGUAGUAAGCUUCUCUCACCCUUUAGUUACAGUUAAUAGAUUUCAAAGUUAUUUUUUUUCCUUGUUUAAGGGUUCUGUAACGCCGUAGAUGAAUGUAUUGUUUAAUCAUCCUUCAGUCCUUAUCAUUAAUUUGUUUUCUAAUGAGGGAGUACAUAUGCUUGUACAUAUUGCGUUUGUUUGCUGUAAACUACUUAAAUAUCAUUGGAGUGAUACUGCAAUUCUAAAUGAAAUAUUCUUGAGAAUUGUUGACAGGAAGGCACAUGAGAGCAUGAUCACAAAGCACAUGUUAAAUAUGUUUAGACAAUAUGUUUAGGCAAAAUAGAGGGACUAGUCCAUUGCCCUAUUUUAAAUGCCACCAAAGAGGCCUUAAGCUGUUGGCACAGCUAUUAGACCACUGAACAAAUUAGGGAUAUGCUUAAAACCUGUGGAUUAUUCUGUAUGCCAGUCACUGGAAGUUGCCAUUAUAACUCAGUGCCAUUUGUCACCUUAAGUGCUGUUUCCCACUGAAGUCACUUUGUGCACAGUAGAAAACACUGUAUCUUUCAUUUUCGUCAGGAGUUCUGGUAUCUGGUAAGUCUAUGCAAUGUCUGAAAGUCAAAUUUAUGGUAAGAGUUAUAUUGUUCGUUCUGAAAUUCAAUUACAAAAAGAUGAUUAAUACCAGGGCAUAUAGGUUUCUAUAUGGAAAUUCUGCCCCCUCAUUAUUUCGCAUCUUAAGAAACCAUCCGUCUUGUUCUUUAUUGAUAGCUGAUGUUUCAGUGUCCAGCACUAGAUUUGAGGAAUAUGUGCCUUAAAAAUGUGUUUUUUUUUGUUUUUUUUUUUACAUUGUCAUGUUUUCUCUUUAGUAAGUUAGAACAGAUGGCUUUGUUUAUUACGUUCAGUAUGUUUGUGUGCCUUUUGAAUACAUUCUCACUAUUGGGCUCCGAAAGUAUGCUCUCAGUGUAAUACUCUUGUAUUUACAUUUUUGAUAAGUUUUGGUGGAUUUCUGUUUUUUGGGGUUUCUCUUGACCUGAAGCCCCUGAAGUUUUUUUUUUUUUCAUAUUGUGCCUCAAAUGUGUGUUGACCACUCAGCUGUUGCCAAAUAAAGAGCAGUUUCAUUCA